UCAGUCACUGGGAUCUCACGUCGCUCUGUUUGCUACUGUCUCUUUGCGAUGGAGCGGAAAGUUGCUCGGGAAUUUCGGCACAAGGUGGAGCUGCUGAUUGAAAAUGAAGCAGAGAACGAUUACUUGUAUGAUGUCCUCCGCAUGUAUCACCAGUCGAUGGAUUUGAUAGUGUUGGUGGGGGACCUGAAGCUGGUCAUCAAUGAACCGAAGCGCCUGCCGUUGUUUGACGCCAUCCGACCUCUCAUCCCCCUCAAACACCAGGUGGAGUACGACCUGCUGACCCCGAAGAGGUCACGGAAGCUGAAAGAGGUGAGAUUGGAUCGGACACAUCGUGAUGGACUGGGUCUGAGUGUCCGAGGAGGGCUUGAGUUUGGCAGCGGUCUUUAUAUAUCACAGAUUGUCAAAGACGGUCAGGCUGGGAAUGUCGGCCUUCAGGUUGGUGAUGAGAUUGUGCGCAUCAAUGGAUACUCCAUCUCCUCCUGUAUCCACGAGGAGGUCAUCAGCCUCAUCAAGACCAAGAAGAUUGUGUCACUCAAAGUCAGGCAUGUGGGGAUGAUCCCAAUCAAAAGGUCAUCAGAGGAACCUCUCAAGUGGCAGUUUGUCGACCAGUUUGCAUCUGAGUCAGGGGAGAAAAAAAACAGCAUUGCAGGCUUGGCGUCCAUUGGAGGCAAAGAAAUCAAGGAGAAGAAGGUCUUCCUCAGCCUGGUGGGCACCAAGGGGAUGGGCAUCAGCAUCUCCACUGGUCCCACCCAGAAACCUGGUAUCUACAUCAGUAACGUCAAGCCAGGCUCCCUUUCGGCAGAAGUUGGACUGGAGGUUGGAGACCAGAUUGUGGAAGUGAACGGGGUGGAUUUCACCAAUGCGGACCACAAGGAGGCUGUGAGAGCCCUGAAGAGCAGCCGCAGCCUGACCAUUACUGUUCUGACAGGAGCUGGCAAGGAGCUGUUCAUGACCGAUGAGGAGCGUCUGGCGGAGGAGUCCCGCAGGGAGGUGGACCGGCAGGAGCUGAUGCACCAGAAGAGAGUGGCCCUGGAGACUAACAAAAUCGUUAAAGAGCAGCAGGAGAAGGAGAGGCAGAGAAAGAUGGAGAUCAAUCAGAAAGCCGCAGAGGAAGAGGAUCGCUAUAAAAAAGAGAUGGAGAAGAUUGAGGCUGGGGAGAAGAAGCACAACAGAGAGUGGGAUGAGGACUGGGGAGCCAAAGACAGGCCCAAGAGCCCUAAGAGCCCGUCCCCAGCCCCACCUGAGACAAAAAACGCCAAAUCCAAGAGUUCACCAUUCGGCUGGUUUUAUCGCUAUGAGGGAAAACUGCCUUCACUCCGCAAGAAAGGAGAGAAGAAGAAGAAAAAGAAAAAGGUGUCCAACACGGACACGCUGCAGGAGCUGAGAAAGAACAAGAAGGAGAUGGAGUUUGAGCUGAAACUCGCCAAGGAGAAGGAAGAGAUGCAUGAACGAGAGAAGCAGCUGAAGAUCAAUCGGCUGGUUCAGGAGGUCUCAGAGACGGAGAGAGAAGACCUGGAGGAGUCGGAGAAAGUGCAACACUGGGUGGAGCGUCUCUGCCAGACUCGGCUGGAGCAGAUAUCCUGCGUGGAGAAUGAAUCCCCAGAGCCUCAGGAAAUGCUGAAACGGAUGGUGCCUUUCAACUCGUCUUUUAAAUCUAACAGCAAACGACAAGGAUUUCAGAAAUACGAGGAAGAAUUUGAUCCCUACUCAAUGUUCUCCCAGGAUCAGAUAGACGGGCGAGAUGUAAGACGUCUAAGAAUAAAAAAGACCGGACAUCUUGACAUUGCUCUGGAGGGAGGUGCAGACUCUCCUUUGGGAAAGUUAGUGAUAUCCGCUGUGUAUGAAGGUGGCGCUGCUGACAAGCACGGUGGCGUAGUGCCCGGAGAUGAACUGAUGGCUGUGAAUGGGAAGAUCCUGCUUGAUGCGACAUUGACCGAGGGACAAAACGCUUUGGCACGAGCCUGGAACAGUGGAGGGGACUGGAUCGAUGUUGUGAUCACCGUCUCCCCUCCGAAAGAUUAUGAAGAUGAAGUGACGUUCUUCUAGUCUCAUCAACAGCCUGCCAAGAAAAUCCACACUGAUUAAGAAGCUUAUCAUUGUUAAGCUGAAAUUGGUCCUUUGUUUUGACUCAUCUGUAUUAUAGGCUCUUAUAAAGCCUUGUGUCAUGUUAUCAAACUAUUGACACCAUAGGGUCAGUAAGCAUCCUCACUGUCUUGUUUAUUAAAGGAUGAUCCAGUCAAUAAUCAGUCGUCUUCAGCCUGUACAUGGCUGACCUCUUUUUACAUCCGCAUGGCCAUGCUCAGCAUUCUCUUCAGACAUGUGACUCAUUCAUCAGUAUGAAAGGACGGGUUAAAACUGGCAAACUGUAAUCAAUAGCUGAUGUCUAAUCUGUCUUUUCAAAGCUCAAUAAAAGACUGCUCCUCAUCACAGAA